ACAGUAUAACAAACCUCAUCUCCAAUUCCUGGCGUUGAGAAUCGCCGACAAUCCAUACAGAGAAGCAAAGAAGCAAUCAAUGGAGGGUGGUAACUCAUCAACUAAGUCGUCUUCAUCUCUGCGUUGGGCAAUUCUUAGGCGUGCUCUUCUUCGCCGACCUUCACCCCUUCCUGAUGAACAAUCUCAAACGAAUGUCGAGCGAAUUUCCAGGAGGGCGACUCAUGGAUUCAACUUGAUACCCUGCCAUGUAAUGGAGGACGUAGCGGAUGAGAAUUCGAAUUCUCAGUUGGAAACGGAUCAUGGCAGUUCAUCAAGAGAUAUUCGGUUGUGUUACAGAUUACCCAUCAGUGGUGCACCGGAAAUUUAUCUAUACCAGAGAAUGGAUGAUCGUGCUCAUCUUAAUGAUUUUGAAGUCUCUAAUAGAUAUAACAUUGACAACACCGGACUUGUCUGUAGUUGGCCAUCUGAAGAUGUCCUUGCUCAUUAUUGUUUGUGUCAUGCAGACAUAUUCAGGAACAAAAAGGUUAUCGAACUUGGAUCAGGCUAUGGCUUAGCUGGCUUAGUUAUUGCAGCAGCCACGGAAGCAUUAGAAGUUUUAAUUUCAGAUGGAAACCCUCAAGUAGUUGAUUAUAUCCAGCGUAACAUUAAUGCCAACUGUAGUGCAUUUCGUGGUACACUAGUUAAGUCCAUGAUUUUGCACUGGGACCGAGCGGAAAGCUUAUCUGGUUUUAACAGAUUUGAUAUCAUUGUUGCAAGUGAUUGCACUUUCUUCAAGGAAUUUCACAAAAGCCUUGCUCAAACUGUCAACUUGUUCUUAAGAAAGGAGGGGCCUUCAGAAGCUAUAUUUUUCAGCCCCAAAAGAGGAGAUUCACUGGACAAGUUUCUUGUGGAAAUAAAAGAGAGUGGCUUGCAUUUCAGCAUAACUGAAAUCUAUGACACAGAAGUUUGGAGGCGUCAUGAGGGGUUCAUCAGUGGUAAUGAUGCCUGGCCCAAUUAUGAGAAGGAUCACUGCUACCCAUUGUUGGUCAGAAUAACACUCUGAAAGUUUUGCUCCCAUUUUUAUUUAACAUAUGCUCCAGGCAGUUAAAAAACUCUCAAAAGGUAACUGUUAACUGUUUCUUUCCAUACUAUAGUGCUUUUAACUCGUGGCUGGCAUUGGUUGUAUCCUUCCUAUCGGAUGCAUGAAUUAUGCAUGGACACAUGAGCUAUCAGAAUAUACUAUAUUUGCAUAAAUUACUGGAUCCCUACAAUAUUGCAUUUUCUCUAAAAGCCAAGUUCCUACUGCAUUUCAUGGGUCACUAAUUUCUAUUUUUCUUGCCAAUUGGAAAGGCAAGCCUUAUAAUAAUCGAAAUCGGGAAGGUCGAAUUGAGAAAACGAAGUCGUUCUAUGAUUAUGAAGCAAUGGUAGGAUUAUAUAUAUGCAUGACCUUUUUUUACCCUCAUCUCGUGCACUAGAACACCUGUUUUUUUAACUAAAAAGGCAAGCAUUUGGUUACCAUUCUUGAUUUACAAUUGGACGAGUGCUUACUUUUCUUUUACUUGAUUAAUAUGGAUGGUGUAGCGUACAAUGCAUGUUAACAACUUUGAGAUACGGCUACCAAUGAAUAAACUAGGACUCCACUAAGAAAGUAAUGCAGCAGAAUUGUCAAAAAGAAAGAACAAUAUAUGCCGUAUAGAUCACUUAGAUUAAUAUUUGUUUGGAAGUGGGGAGUUUUUCCCUUUUGCUUUUCACAUUUAUGUUAUAACCUGACACUUUUGGAUCCUUGGCCUUCACGAAAAUUGAAACAUUAUUUAAUUGGUUGCAUAUGAUUGCAUUUACUAUGCAAAUAGCUGUGAUGAACUAUGGUUGAAUUGACAAGUUGUCGUUCCUACACUUAUACAUUGUUGUAAAUUCAUCGCAUGAUCACUGUCUUAAGAAUAUAAAUAAUAGAAAUAAAUAGACAAAUAACUAAAUAAAAUAAACAUAAAUGGUUUACAACUUGUUAGAAUUUUCUAAUGAAGAUAACAGCCACAAUCGUAAAGUUUUUAUUCCACUACAUAGUGUUGCCGGCAUGAAAUUUAACUCUCACCCACCCUCGUUUUAUAUUUGGGUUUGGCAUCAGUUUCGAAGAGAAGAACACGAAGUAUUAGAAAUGUUGAGAGGAUUACAAAAAUUAAUAAAUGGAGUUUAGGAUUUUCUAAGAAGAUAAUUGAAAUAUUAUAUACCAUAAUCACUAAUAUGGAAAUGGGAUGCAAAUGUCUGACUGCCUUAGAAUCAUUUUCCAUUUCACCCUAUAUGAUAGUACUAAUUAGGAGAUUGCUGCUUUUGUGAAUAUCUCUAGGGAAGACUAUUUAGAACCCUGUUCUUUCCAAGAUUGGAAAUAAACAACCACAGCGUGAGCAAAACAUGUUUGCAAACCCAGUAUGUAUCACCUUCUUUUAAGAAGGUUCCAUUCACAUCUCCUCCCUUCAUUUUCUACUUUUUGGCAGGGUAAUGGCUGGUCCAGUUACACAGCCUUGCCACUUGGGUGGGUCUUAAAAGUAGAAAUGCCCAGCGCCACUGGAAAUGGGUGGAGUUCUCUCUCGUCUUGAAGGGAAAAAAGUAGUAGUCCUUGUUAAUUUCUUUAUAUUUGCUUGGUGGGUUCUCCUUCACUCGUUGGUUAAAGAAUCACAUCUAGCUUUGGCUUCACUGGAUGCUUCACAUCUGAGUUCCUUUCAAGUUAAUAUGCACCCGCCAUUCACUCUUCAUAAUUGGCCAUAUUAGUGUCUCAAUAGCAUCGCCUAAAACUAUGAAAGUUUUGUAAAAUGUGCUCUAUUUCCGGGUAUGCCUGUGAUGUGUUUGCCAGUAUCAAUUCGGGAGUGAAAGAGGCCAUCUUUAAAACUUCUCGCCUUACUCCAUUUUAUUUUAUGACAAUUAUUUUUAUAUACAGUUUUAUUUUUGUCUUAUUCCAUUUUGUGACUAUUGUUUAAAAAAUAAUUGAUGCAAGAUGGGAUCCUUGACACAGUUUUCAGUGCAUAAUUGAGCUGUCUUAUCCCUUAUCUAGAACAAUGAAAAGGUUGAAUGUUAUGUCAAAAAUGUUAUGAUGAACCAUUUAGAAGGGGACUCUUGUGGCAUCUGUUGGGUAGGAAAAUGACACCACACUUAGAACGCAGGCAAGGCAUCUCCUCCCAUCCCAUCAUUACAUUUUUAUAUUUUUCUUAUGCAAACCUCAAUCAAGCAACCGUGGCUACUCACAUUGAACCCAGGUAAAUUAUCUUAUAAUCCUCGAUUAAUCUUUGUGUCUCCAUCAAAUAUCUAACGCAAGUUGUUGAAAUGUCUCUGCACAGUCCUUGAAAUAUCAUCUCCGAUGCCAUUAUGAUAAAACUACUACGGCUCUGAACAGAAUCCACUGCAUUCGAAGUGUCGUCCUACUAUUGGAUGGAAGCAAACACCACAGAGAGAUUCAGAUUAUAAUGAGUGUGAGAGACAAAUAGUAGCCAGAAGAAUUAUUGCAAUCUGUAGAAGCUGAUGACCAGGCUGCCCCCUGCUCGAAUCUCCCGUCGCCAAAUUUGCCAGCCACGACCCGUUUGCCAACAUCGCCGUCUCACCCGACCCUGACCCUUCUGUCGCUUCACUUGACCUUGCCGGGUCCUUCCAAGAUUUUUGGCUGCAAUAAUAAAAAUAAUAAUAAUAAUAAGAUUUAAAAAACAAAACUGAAAAUGAAAUAUUAAAAAAAGAAAAUUCUGUAUCGGCGUCGGAACAGAAGUGAUGACGUUACCUAGGCACAGACGGACAGAAGGUAACGGUGUAAUCGGCGCCAGUACACGUAAACGUGCUGGUGGCGUCGUCGUAGGCGUAGCUGUACGAUUUGGGGCACGCCGACUUGAACAUCUGGGCGUACACCGACGGUGAGCAGACGGCGGGUGAGUUGUACGCGCCGCUGCAACAAUACUGCGGCGUUCCGAACGCCUCACACGCGCUCUUGCACGCGUCGCCCUCCGCCGCCUGCAGCUCCUUCGGGCACUGCCGGUUCAGGUCCACCACGCAACCCGUGGGCGCGCACGAACCCGACCCGCCCCUCACGCCCACGAACAUAGGCAGGUUGUACCCGUCCACCAGGCUCACGUCGUAGAAGUCCUGCGAACCCGACCCGAGAGUGAACUCAGCCAGGGUCGCCGGCGGCGUGGCCCCCGCCCCGCCGCACUCGAUUUGGCCGGAGCCGCAGUCGCCGGUGGCGCAGGACCCGCGUCCCGACCCGUCGAAUUUGCAGCCGGUUCUCCCCCAGAACCGGCCGGACCAGCCGGUCGGCGCCUGAAACGAACGUGAACCGCCCUUCUGGAGCUCGAACCCGGUGCUAUCCAAUCUCGGAUUUCCCAGUAUCCCCGGCCAAACCGUGAAAUCACACUUGUUGACGAACGUAAAUGUAGCUCCUGAAGCGCCUGCCAAUCACCAUACAGACCAAAUACAUCAAUCCCGAAAUUACAAAACAAGGGAAUCAGAGAAACGAAGAACAUCAAAACCUCUGAUGUUACCUCUGGAAAAGAACAAAAGGAGGCUCACAAUCAUCAUCCAGAACAAACCCGCAGACAUUAUCAUGAUUUCUUCUCCUUGAUUGCUAGCUUUUUUUUCUUUUUUCUUUUUUUUUUAUCAAUGGCGGUGGCUUUGGCCGGGUCUGAAAAUGGCGGCGACAGAAGACGCCUCUGCAGCUGGGAAUCGCAGCUUUUUGGGCUGCAGAAAAAAGGCGACUGGAGUGGUAGUGGGAGGACGUGAUGCUUCGCGGGGGGCUUCUAUUUAUAGACAGUGCUGCCAGUAUGCAGCGCGGCCUCACCGACCAAUUGACGUUGGGCUUAGUGGGAAGCGCUGUGAAAUGUUUAUUAUAUAUCCCCUUCUUUCUAUCUGUGAUGUGACGUGGCAAACGGGCAUUAAAUUAAGUUGUGGCGGACAGAUGUCUUCCAUGCGCCCCAAUGGACAAAUUUGGUUGCAUUCUUCAUGCCUAGAACUUUAAAUUGGAAUUGAAGAAUGGGGAGGCCACCUUGGAGCCUACGAUUGGCACAGGAGGAACACGAGGCAGCAGGUGUCAGUAGAUCGGUUAAACCGGGUGAUCUUGUUCUGGGUUUUCUGACGGCACCGACGUUGCCUCAACGUAGAGAAAAGCAUUGAUUAGCGAGGAGAAAGUGGAGAAAAGGGAGGUCAAAGCAGGGAAAUCUGAGAUGGAAGCAAGCGUGGAGGCGGGGACAAGGUGAUGUGGAAACUGCCUUUAAUUUGUUGUUUUCCUUAUCAAGAUAUGGUCUUGGAAAAGUGCCUUUUUAGCUUUGUGCUUUCAAUUUAAUUAAUUUACGUAACAUUAAUUUUACAUUUUAAUUAAUUAUUAACCCUCGACACAACAAUUUGUAAUUAGUUAAAACACACACACACACACAGACACAGUGAAGGAGGAGGAGGAGGAGAAGAUGAUGAUGAUGAUGAUGAUGAUCUUGGGGUUGCAGCAUGCAUCCUUAAUUAUAUUGGGGUUGACGUUUUUGUAUGAAAAUUAUAUAUGUUUCCAAGUA